CGGACACUCACAUUAUCGAGUGCUAUGUGCUUCCUGUAAGGUAAGUAGCAUUAGCGUCGCUAGUACCUUUUUUGAAGCAUGUGCCGACUCCUAUCUACGCGUCUUUGGUGCACCGCGCAAAGUAUUAUAUCAAACUCAAAGCAACAUUGCCGCUCAGCCUCGAGAGCUUCAUCGCUAUCUCACGGUCAUUGUUCCAUUAAUAUGCGCUCCUCUCAGACUGACUGGAAUUCCAACGACGAACUUUUUAAAUUUACUCGUGGUCGCUUUGUUGUGGAAGAGGCGGAAAAUCUCCAAAAGCGGGAGACUAGAUUUGACUUGAACAGGCUCGCCUGUGUCGCGGCAGACUCAGUUGGCGCCGGUCAAUGCAUUUCUAUCAAGAAAUACCCGGACGGCAUGUUCAACAAAGCUUUUCUUAUGACUAUGGAAAAUGGCAAAGAAGUCGUUGCGAAGGUACCUAACCCGAACGCUGGUGUUCCACACUUUACUACAGCUAGUGAAGUCGCCACAAUGGAUUUUGCGAGAACUAUUCUUGACACUCCAGUGCCUCGGGUUUAUUCAUGGAACCCGCAAGCAAAAACGCAUCCCGUCGGGGCUGAGUUUAUCAUCAUGGAUAAAGUCGAGGGUGUUCCGCUCUCUCAAGUCUGGGGUACUAUGAAACUGCCCCAGAAGCUCCAGGUGCUUCUUUCUGCAACACGUCUCCAGAACAAAUGGCUGAAUGUUUCAUUCUCGCACUAUGGCAGCUUGUACUACGCAAGAGACGUACAUCAGCCAGAUAGCGGCACCUACUACGUUAAGGAUGGUAUUGCCAUCAAAGGGUCAAAGUUUGCUAUUGGCCCUACUACAGGCCGGGAUUGGUCGGAUGCGGGCCGUUCAAGUUUGAAUAUUAACAGGGGGCCAUGGAUUUCUCCAGUGCAGUAUCUACAAGCAGUCGGGAUGCGCGAGAAAAAAGCAGUCCAGUCUUUGAAACCAGCAAAACAAAUUGCUUUAUUCUGUGGACCAAAGCUCUACAAGCCAGACAUGCAAAAGAAGCUUACUGCUCUGGCAAUGUACCAACAAAUCAUUGAAGCUCUUGUUCCGGAGGACGCUGCCAUCAUGGACCCACGUCUCUGGCAUCAUGAUUUGCACGAUGACAAUGUUUUUGUAGAUCCAGAAAACCCCGAAAAUAUCACAGGUAUCAUCGACUGGCAGUCCUGUCAUAUUUCACCACUCUUCAAUCACAAUCCCGACCCGGCCUUUCUCGACUGGGAUGGCCUUGAGCCCGAGACACUCGAUCUAGCACCAAAACCAAAACUUUCCGGACUCUCCUCAGAAGAACGGGUUACGGCUAUGCAGGUGUAUACCGUCCAGAACGUAUUCAUCGGCUGGCGGAAACUUAUGCAUGCAAAAAACCCAGACCUAUACCGAGUCAUCGAAUUCCGAAAGACGCCAGCCUAUGGCUUGAUCUUUCUUGCCCACCGCAUGUUCGAAUACGGCGAGGCGCACUUCCAAUCGCUCUUGGUCGAUCUAAAGGACUCAUGGGAAGACCUACCUGCUGUCACCCGUGACGCCCCGUUCCCCUUUGACUUUUCGAAAGAAGAUAUCGAGCGUAUUAAGAUAGAUAGCGAUGGUGCCGUUGCCGGAACCGAUCUUGUUGCAGAGGUCAAGGAGAGUUUGGGUGAUUUAUGGCCGGACAAAGGCUUCAUAGAGCACGAGCGAUACGAUGAUUGCAAAGCGGCUCUUGACAAAGUCAAAGGUCAGAUAUUGGAGCAAUUGGCUGAAUCUGACGAAGAAAAAGCUGAUUACAGGAGGUAUUGGCCAUUUGACUGACUUCUAUUGCGAAUAAACUUCGCGAGGAGAAAUGAGUAUCAAUGGAGAUCACGGCCAAUUUAUCUCUCAGUUUUACUAUCGUUUCAAAUAUGAAGCCCGCUUGCUUCCAGAUAUUCGGCAUUUGGAAAGUGGGCCUCGAAGCCAGGGGCUGAAUACUCGCCUUCGCUUUGGAAAACCUGGCCUUGUUACACAUGGGCCUUAUUUCUAUUAGGUUCUACGCGCUGGAAUUGAUGGAUGGUGUAUGCAUAUCCAACCCAAAUAUCCACUUUCUCAUACGAACCCCUGAUGUGCAAUAAGGCCAAACAUCAUUGUGCGACAUUCGUCGCUCCAAACCACUCGUUUCUUGAUAUACAUACGCACCUGCGAAUCAUAAGUUACCAGUAGCCUGCACCGUGAAGGGCGUGCUGUGCGGCGCAUGCAAAUGAAUCACGACUAGUUCCAAUUAUCAGCCAGAAAACAGUCGCUACGGUUUAACGUACAUGAUCAUCGCUACAGAGCAAGGACUCCCCUAUGGGCGCGCCCUUCUCCACGUUCAGAUCCAUCCAUUACUGACCUCCUGCUAUCGCAGCUAUACGAUUAUCUAAGAGUUUAGUUAUAGUCAACAUUCUGUCCGAAGUUGUCACGAAAUAAUAAUUCGAAAUGAUGUAAAGAACCU